AUGGCCUCAGGAAAGACCCCCACCCUAGACCUGCUGAAGGCUGAGGAGCAGCAGACUGUGAGCGCUGUCAAUCGAGUCACCAGCCUGCCCUUGCUCAAUUCUGCCUUCAACCUGGUCUCCUCUGCCUACAACAACACCAAGGAGUCCCACCCCUGCCUCAGUGGUGUCUGCAGCGUGGCUGAGACCGUGGCUGCUGUGGCUGUGGGCAGCGUGGUCGGAGGGGCACAGCCCAUCCUGAGCCAGCUCGAGCCACAGAUUGCUCUUGUGAAUGAAUAUGCCUGUAAAGGUCUGGAUCAGCUGGAGCAGAACUUGCCCUUCCUGCAGCAGCCAGCAGACAAGGUAAUCUCAGACACCAAGCAGCUGGUGUCCACCAAAGUGACAUCUGCCAUGGAUGCUGCCUGUGAGGCCAAGGAAGCGGUGGCUGAUAAAGUCACUGAAGCUGUGGACCUCACUAAAACUGUUGUUGGGGACAGUGUCAAGCUGACCAGGUCUGUGGUCACCUCCACUGUCAGCAGUGCUGUGGAGGCUGCCCAGGGUGCCAAGGAGCUGGUGACCAGCAAGGUGACAGAGGCUGUGGAUGUCACCAAGCACAUGGUGGAGGACAGCGUUGACAGGACCAAGUCUGCUGUUGCCUCUACGAUUGUCAAUGCUGUGGAGGCUGCUCAGGGUGCCAAGGAGCUGGUGACCAACAAGGUGACAGAGGCUGUGGACCUCAGUAAGCACCUUGUGGAGGACAGCGUUGACAGGACCAAGUCUGUUGUGACUUCCACCAUCACUGCAGCUGUAGGGGCUGCCCAGGGAGCCAAGGACCUGGUGGCCAACAAGGUGACAGAUGCUAUGGACAAGGUCACCAAAGCUGUGGAUGUCACCAAGCACAUGGUGGAGGACAGUGUUGACCUGACCAAGUCUGCAGUUGCUUCCACAAUUGUCAGUGCUGUGGAGGCUGCUCAAGGGGCCAAGGAGCUGGUGACAGACAAGGUGACCAAGGCAGUGGACCUCAGUAAACACAUUGUAGAAGACAGUGUUGAUCUGACCAAGUCUGCAGUUGCCUCUACAAUCGUCAAUGCUGUGGAGGCUGCCCAGGGUGCCAAGGAGCUGGUGACCAACAAGGUGACAGAGGCCGUGGAUGUCACCAAGCACACGGUGGAGGACAGCAUUGACAGGACCAAGUCUGCUGUUGCUUCCACCAUCACUGCAGCUGUGGGGGCUGCCCAGGGGGCCAAGGACCUGGUGGCCAACAAGGUGACCGAAGCAGUGGACCUGACCAAAGGGGCUGUUCAAGACAGCGUUGAGAAGACCAAAUCUGUGGUCACCUCUACGGUCAGUACAGCAGUGAGCCAGGCAGUGGCUGGAGGUGUGGAAUCUGUCCUGGGAAUGUCAGAAGAUCUGGUGGAUCAUUACCUCCCGAUGACCGAGGAGGAGCUAGGUAAACUGGCCACCACGGUGCAGGGGUUUGGCGUGGCCUCCGUGGAGGAGCAGAAGAGGCAGCAGAGUUACUUUGUGCGCCUGGGCUCGCUGUCGGGCAGGGUUCGGCACCGAGCCUACCAGCACUCCCUGGCCAAGCUGCAGGGCUUCAGGCACCGCACCCAGGACACCCUGUCACGGCUGCAGCUGGCACUAAAACUGAUUGAAUCUGUGAAACAGGAGGUUGGCCAGAAGCUGCGGGAGGGGCAGGAGAAGCUCCAUCAGCUCUGGGUGGACUGGAGCCUGACGCAGCCCAAAGGAAACCAAGUCAGGACUGCGAGCCAGCCAGAGCAGGUGGAGCCGCGCACUCUCGCCAUGCUGAGGAUCAUCACCCAGCAGCUCCAGCCCGCCUACCACAGCCUCAGGCUCAGCAUCCACGGCCUCCCCAGCAGCAUCCAGGAAGCUGUGUCCCGGGCUGCUCGACACAUCCACAAGCUCCACAGCUCUUUUUCCAGGGCCGUGUCCUUCCAGGACCUCUCCAGAACCACCCUGGCCCGCAGCCAGGACCGUGUGGCAGAGGCCUGGAGGUCCCUCGAUGUCCUCUUUGAGUAUGUCACUCACAACACCCCUCUGAACUGGAUUGUGGGGCCCUUCAGGGCCAUGGCUAAGGUGGCACAGGACAGCAGAAAGCACAAGAAGAGAGAGAUGAGGAGCGAUAGAAAAUUACCCAAGUUGGAAAAGGCUCCACUAUCACAGGAGGUGACAAAGACACCUGAAGAGCCAAAGGGAACCAACAGGCUCUCAGAAAAAUGGUGUGAAGUGCUAGAGAAGCUGGAGGAGAAGGCAGGGAAGGACACAGAGGUGGCCCUGGCUGCAAAGGAGAUAAAAACCAGUGCAGCAGAGGAAGAUCUCUAAUAAAUCCCAGCUCUUCUGGCCAAGGCUACUUGGCUAGAACAGCACUGGAUCUUCUAAUUGUGUGCCCACUUGUGCCACGAGUGCCUCUGCUCUCUGAAUUUAGAGUCCGAUGUAGUUGUAAGGAGAUUUGAUAACCAAGGUGGGGAGAUUCUGAAUCUUGAUUUACUGUUUUUAAAUGCAACUGCUGUGCUGAAAGGGGAGAUGGGACCUGCACUGCAGCUUUUGAACUCAGCUCAGCUGUAGGUGUGAGUAGCUAAAUCUUGCUGAGACAAGUUGUGGGAGAGAAGUGAUCUCAACUUGUUUUUAAUGCUGGAUUUGUUUUUAAUUUACCCAAGCUGUCAAACUCUUGAGAAGAUGCUAUGCUUGACCUUUGAUACCGUCUCCCACCUCCUCCACAUUUAAAAAUACAAGUUCCA